GCGUCUCGCCUCGCUGCGGGCUGCCUUGAGGCGGGGGAGGCCCGACGGCGCCGAAUGUGAGCGCUGUGCAGUCUCGGGGCGGUACCGGCUCUGGGGCGCGGAGGAGCGCAGCUCCGAGCGGCUCCGUGCCCGAGAAAGGCGCGAGCUGGCUGUAAGGAGCGUGUCCGCGUCACGAAGGCGGAAUCUCGGCGUAGGGCGGCGGUGGCGGUCGCUGCCCCCGGGUCGAGGAACCAGCAGCUGGGGGUGGACGUCGGGAUUGCGGUACCGGAGAGGAAAAGGCAAAACUUCUAAGAAGUCAGCCUACCCAGAUUGUGGAACCCAAAGGGCUUCUGUAUGUCCAGCAGAGAGAAUUUGCAGUGACCACCCCUAAUGAUGGUUCUGUGUCUAUUCUGGGAUCGGAUGACGCAACUACUUGCCACCUAAUUGUGCUGCGACACACAGGCAGCGGAGCCACCUGCUUGACACACUGCGAUGGAUCAGACACAGAAGCUGAGGUGUCGCUCAUCAUGAGUUCAGUAAAAUCUUUCUCUAACACCACAGGUUAUGGAAGGCUGGAAGUGCACCUAGUUGGAGGUUUCAAUGAUGAUAGGCAGUUAUCACAAAAACUUACUUAUCAGCUUCUUAGAGCAUUUGAUCUCCAACCAGAUGAUGUUCAUUUAGUGACUUUCUGCGUAACAGAGCUAAAUGACAGAGAAGAGAAGGAUAUUCAUUUUCCAAUUAUUUAUGGAAUAGCUGUGAAUGUAAAAACAGCAGAGAUUUUCCCUGCAACUUUCCCAGAAAAAGGGCCAGAUGAGGAUCUGCGUUCAGCCCAUGUUUUAACAGGAGCAAGACUGACAAACAUUUAUGAUGCAAAGACUGAACGACUACACAUUGGACCUUAUUUCUGGAGGCCUUUCCCACAUGUGGAUUUCUGGUUGGAACAAGAUGAUCAACAGAUUUUACAGAAUCUUUCCACAUCACCUUUGGCUGAGCCACCCCACUUUGUUUCCCACAUUCGCUCUACAUUAACGUUUUUAAAAGCACAUCCAUUCCCAUCUCAUUCCCUGUUUCCUGAUAGAAAACCCCGCGUAUACAAAAAAAAUGAAGAAGGGUUGUGGGAACUGGUUUGUUCUGACAAGAUCUAACUUGGAAUCCACACCAGCUGCGUUAGGGAAGCAUAGCAGUGCUGGAAGAACAGCAAGUUGUUGCAAAAAGCAUGCGUCUGGUCACGGAGAGUAGUGUGCCUAUGCUUUUCAAAAUAAAGUAUUUCAACAGAAG